UUCAUAGUCGCUUUUUCUUUCUCGAUGAGAACCGGAUUUUCUCGAGAAAAACAUCAUUCCAUGAGAAAAUUCUCGAUAGACGUAUAAAUCAAAUUUUUGAUUGUCAAAUCGUAUUAAUAAACAGCAAGAACAAUGCCGGAGCACGAUCCGGCGAAGAAAGUCGCUGAUAGAUACCUCAAGCGUGAAGUACUCGGGGAAGGUACUUAUGGAGUUGUCUACAAAGCCAUUGAUACUCAGACUGGACAGACGGUCGCCAUUAAGAAAAUUCGUCUUGGGAAGCAAAAGGAAGGGGUGAAUUUUACAGCCCUUAGAGAGAUUAAAGUGCUUAAAGAGAUUAAAGAUCCAAAUAUCAUUGAAUUGAUUGAUGCCUUCCCUCACAAAGGGAACUUGCAUCUUGUGUUUGAGUUCAUGGAGACUGAUCUUGAAGCUGUUAUUCGUGACCGGAAUAUAUUUCUUUCACCUGCUGACAUAAAAUCAUACCUUCAGAUGACACUGAAGGGGCUUGCUUAUUGCCACAAGAAAUGGGUUUUACAUAGGGAUAUGAAACCAAACAACUUGUUGAUAGGAUCCAAUGGACAGCUCAAGCUCGCAGAUUUUGGCUUAGCACGUAUUUUUGGUAGCCCAGAUCGCAAGUUUACUCAUCAGGUCUUUGCUCGAUGGUAUAGAGCACCAGAGCUGUUGUUUGGCACCAAGCAGUACGGUGCUGGAGUUGAUGUCUGGGCUGCAGCCUGUAUAUUUGCUGAACUUCUCCUCCGACGACCAUUUCUACAGGGUUCAAGUGACAUUGAUCAAUUAGGAAAGAUUUUUGCAGCUUUUGGGACUCCAACAUCUUCUCAAUGGCCUGAUUUGGUAUUUCUUCCUGAUUAUGUGGAAUACCAAUAUGUUCCUGCACCUCCUUUACGUUCAUUGUUCCCAAUGGCUGCUGAUGAUGCUUUAGAUCUGUUAUCAAAGAUGUUUACCUAUGACCCCAAGGCUAGAAUUUCGGCACAGCAAGCAUUAGAACACAGGUACUUUUCAUCAGCACCUCUUCCUACAGAUCCAGCUAAGCUCCCAAGACCUGCCCCUAAGCGGGAAUCUGUCAAUUCUAGGGCUUCGGAUUUUAAUCCUCAGGUGGCUCCUACUGUUUUAUCUCCUCCAAGAAAGACAAGGAGAGUGAUGCCAGAACGUGAUGGGUUUGAUGGGGAUGCAAACCAAGGUGGUAGGAUUGAUGAGGAUGCUGGUGAAGUCAGACAGGUAGCCGGUGGACAUAUAGGCAGGAAUGAUCAGGUGCCAUCAUCAGUUGAUUUUUCCGUCUUUGGUGCAAAACCUCCAAAUAGACCUACAAUUAACAGUGCUGACAGAUUUCAUCUGAAAAGGAAAUUAGAUCUUGAAUUCCAGCGUCCGGAAUAAGAGCAAUACAAGAAGUAUUCAUUUCCUGAUUCGGAAUUUGUACAAGGGUUAUACUUAUAUAGUUGCUGGGAAUGCAUUUCCGAGGUAGGCAGACGCUCUUUGAUGCUUUUCGGUUGUGCAAGACUGUUAGCUAUUCUCGUUUUCUUUAUUACGAUUUACGAGGAACAAACAAGUGGUGUUGUAUAUGAACAAGAUCAUUAUUCAUGUAUUGUGGCUCUAAGUAAUUGUGAAAAAUGGGUUGAGGGGGGAGAGGGGUGAUCCUUGUUGACGCUUUAAGAGAGUUUGUACACUAGCCCGGUAGCCCUUGGAAGGCUAAAAUUUUGGAGGCACUUUUACGGUAUUUGUGCUGGAGAUCAGUGUCGCGAUUGUUUCAGAUAAUAAUUUUGUUGCAGCAUAAAUUCUGGUGGAAAUCUACCUUGUGUUUAUGUAUGCGAAGACAUGAAGAAAAAAAAACCCUCUUUUUGUGUGGAGACACUUACAGCAA